CUCUUGACAGCAUCCUUUACCUUGAGACUGUUGAUCGUUGAAGCAUCGCAAUGGACUCUAAGCCUGCUAGUCACCGAAUGCCGUUGUCCAAGACCGACACGAAUGCUAGGAAGGCUGCCUUGUUGGCCCUCGUCAACAAGAGGAGGGAGAAAGCAGGGAAGCAACAAGCCGAGAAUGUGGUCAUCAGUGGGUCAAAAGAUGUUUAUGAGGCAGAUUCCGAUGAGGAUGGUCCUGAAGAGUCAUCUCAAGGCUCACAGUCUUCAGAAGUCUCAAGAGAUGACGCUACGGAAGACACAGGAGGCUCGAAUCUCCUGGUUAAAGGGAUGACAUCUUUGACGCUGGACAAGAAGACUACGCGUUCUCCUAACUCAUCGGGGAGUGCUGCAGCUGCACCGGCAACUUCAAAGAAAGCAGUAUCAAGAGGCGAGAGUGAAGAGUUCAGUGGAUUCAAAAGUGCAUCGCAGUCUUUUGAUGGAUCCAAGAGACAGGACGAUGAAGAAGUGGAAUCUGACUACUCCGAGGUUGACUCUGUACCUGCUGAACACCAAUCCAGCUCGGCGGAUCUGAUACUUGGUGACGGAAAGUUUGUUGUCCCUGGAAGAAUCGCACGAGGAUUGUACGACCACCAGCGGGAAGGCAUAGAGUGGAUGUGGGGACUGCACGAGAUCAAACGAGGAGGUAUUUUAGGCGACGACAUGGGAUUGGGAAAGACCCGACAGAUUGCCACCUUCAUCGCUGGACUUAUGGCAGCUAAACUUGCUUCACAGUUCUUACUGGUGGUUCCCGCUACACUGCUACCACAGUGGAAACUGGAGUUUUCCUCCGUCGGCAUCAGCAACUGCAAAGAGUUCACGUCGUCUAUUUCCGUGCGAGAGAGGCCAUAUUUUCUUGAGGCUUUUUUGGAGAGAGGAGGCGUUAUGCUAACUACUUACGAGAUGGUGCAAAACAUCCCGCCACAGAGCGUGACUUGGGACUACUUGGUCCUUGACGAGGGACAUUUGGCCAAGAACCCGAGCACGAAGCGUUUUCAAGUGCUGAAAGCUUUAAGAUUUCACCAUUCCAUCAUCAUGACGGGCACACCCAUCCAAAAUGAGCUCAAGGAAUUGUGGGCGCUUUUUGAUUUGUGCUGCAAUGGCUUACUGGGAGAUUACAAAGAGUUUCGAGCCCAGUACGAGAAGCGCAUUCUGGAUGGUAGCCAGUCCAAUUCUACAGGACACCAGAAGCGAUGUGCAAACGAAGCCAGUGCUGCCCUUCGCGAAAAGAUCAGACCACACUUCCUGAGGCGCAUGAAGAAAGAAAUAUUUCCUAGCCUCCUCGGAAAGGAUGAACCAACCGUGAAAGGUCAUGGUCCUUCUCUACCCCGGUUGCCUCAGAAGCAUGAUCUGAUUGUCUGGUUAAAGCUCACGAACCGGCAGAGCCAUAUGUACGAGACCUUUCUAAUGUCAGAUGCUGUUCGAAGCGUUCUGAACAAGACCUCUUCUCCCUUGAGUGCGAUUACUGUGCUGAAGAAGAUAUGUGAUCAUCCUGGCCUUCUCUCGGAGGCUGCUCUGGAAGAAGUGAAGGACAGCAUUGAGCGGGAGAGUACUGAGACUGGAGCGUCAAUUUCCACCUCGAUUCAGCAGUUCCUUGAGGAUCCGAGCAUCAUGGCCGACCCUGGUGCCUCUUGCAAGAUUCGGAUGCUUAAAGAGCUUGUUGUUUCACUGGUCAAUGACGGGCAUCGCGUCUUAGUCUUCUCUCAAACAAAGAUGCUGCUGAACAUGGCGGAGAGCACUGUGCGCAAGCUGCGCAUUGGUUAUGUCCGGAUUGAUGGAGAUACCAAGCCUGACAUGAGAGAACGUCGGGUCCAGGAGUUUCAACUUGGAGAAAUCCCUGUCUUCAUGCUGACCACAAAAGUUGGUGGCUUAGGACUCACUCUACAUGCUGCAGAUUGCGUCAUUAUCAUGGAUCCUGCUUGGAACCCAAGUGUGGACAAUCAGAGUGUUGACAGAGCCUAUCGGCUAGGCCAAGCCAGAGAUGUGGUGGUAUAUCGUCUCAUCACUGCUGGAACUGUGGAGGAGAAGAUUUAUCGAAAGCAGGUGUUUAAGGAUGGGCUUAUGCGGUCGGCAACAUCUGACAAGAACAACCUUCGGUAUUUCAGCCACUCUGAACUGGCAGACAUGUUUAGAAUGCCGGAUAACGGUUUUGGCUUUUCAGAAACCCAACAGAAAAUGGAGGAUCUUCACAAGGACCAGAUCGUACUGAAGAAGGAUAUGGUGCAUCAUCUUGACUUCAUCAAGAAGCAAAAAGUUGUUGUUGGUGUCUCUCACCAUGACCUCUUAUUCUCAACGGAGGAGCCAGAACUGCUGGGAGGUGCAGGGAACGCCACAGCCCCAGAUGCAGUGGCUAUCCCAAGGCGUCCUUCAGGGAAUGUCUCUUCUGCACGUGGUACCAAGCAGCAUGUCGCACCCGGUGGAGGGCAAUGGAGGGGUGGAACUGGACAAGCCCCUGGCGGGAUUCUGGCUGCAGCAGGUGCGGUUGUCCCAGACAGUUACCAGCUGAACCGAGAGGCUGAGCAGCAUCGCAUGGCUCAAGCUCAUGUGGUUAAUCUAUCUGAAAAGCUUGAACGCCAGAAGAAGAUGCUCAACAACCCUAACAUCACCCUGAAGGAUGGUGGCGAGAACCUGAGGAGGCACAUUGAAGAACUGACUGAAGAGCUGGAGAGGGCUAAGGCUCAUGCGGACAAGUUGAAGCUUAUGCACAGCAGCCCGUUGAAUGGAAGUCAAGCUGGAUUGGCUAGUGAUGUUGAAGCUGACAAGGAGCAAUUGGCAUCAGAGCUGACAAACCUGGGUUUGUGAUUCAGUUCCUCAGGUGGUACCUGCCCAGACGCAGAUACAUGCACUAUGGUACUUGGCACUGGAUUUUUGUGGUGGUGGCAUGUGUUUAACCAAGGUCGUUAUUCCAACUCACCCGAUAGUAAACUUUAGCGGGUUAUUCAGGUUUAGCUAUCGCUAAAUACUCUCAAAGGAAAACUGAAUAAUCAUUGACUAGAAAGAAUUGUACAAGGACAUAUAUCUAAGAGUU